CGCAUGCGUAAACUGUGGACUCAGCAACAGACACACAUACAUCCAGUGCGUGUGAAUGUGAAUGAGGUUCGGUAAAACACACGACAACGUUGUACCUGUUUAAAGCGUUCGAGGACGGCGUAAAACCACCGACCAAGUAGCCGGAUACGUCGACGAGUAAUUAUAUUGACGAAAGUUGGAAAGAAAACUAUUUAAAAGUUAAAAUACAGCUUAAGUGGACUCCGAAGAAGUGAUUCUGUGAGUCUGUGUUUGGAGCGGUGGUGGCAGAUUCGAGAUGACAACGAUGAAGAAGCGGGAUUAAUACCAAGCAGGAUCUUAAGAAGAUGAGAAUAAUACUAUCUGCACAUUAGUGAACAGUCGGUAAGCCACCUAUUUGAAGCGGUCGGUGACCGGGGAUGGCUUGAUCCCUCCUACACGACCCGUUUUGGGUGAACGCUCAUAACGCACUCAUGUUCCAGUGGAAGAGAAAGAAAGUUUGCUGCGCUUGACUUGGAUAUCGUUUUUUAUUGCGCUGAACAUACACAGCCCUAUUUGUUUGUAUCAUAACAGUAGGCGAGAACACCUGUUUUUGGUGCUUGGAGACUUUUUCCCACCAUGUCUAAACCGGGGAUAAAGAAAAGCCACUGGACCUCCAGGGUGAGGGAGUGCGCGUUGGUGAAGGAUGCCCGCGGGGAGCUCGGCGUGCCCCUCCUCGGGGGCGCGGAGAACGGGGAGUUUGCGACCAUCGGACGACUGGACCAGGACGUCGUGGUUUACCACACUGGGAAACUAAUCGAAGGGGAGUUGCUACUGGAGGUGGAGAACCUGUCCAUAUCCGGAUUGCCUUUGUACGACCUGCACACCGUGAUAAAAAAUUGUAAAGGUCCCGUCAGGCUGAAAACUGUCAGUCAAGGAAACAAACUGAACAAGGACCUGAAGCACUACUUGAGCCUGCGCUUCCAGAAGUCCUCCGCCGACCACCAGCUGCAACAAACCAUCCGAGAGAACCUCUACCGCCACGCCGUGCCUUGUACAACCCGUCCCCCGCGUGACGAAGAGGUCCCUGGUGUUCACUACAACUUCCUGUCCGUCGAGGACUUUUUGGAGUUGGAGAAGGCUGGGACCCUCUUAGAGAUUGGAUCGUAUGAAGGUAACUAUUAUGGGACGCCCAAGCCGCCAGCGCAGCCCCCCGCUGGGAUAGUGAUUAGUAGCGGCGGUGAUGCCCCUCUGGCAGACGGGCUCAGCGGCAGCCUGCCCGGCUCACAGCACUCUACUCCACGACGCGCAGACACCUACGAUGAGAUGCACCAUGCUGGGAUAGGGCCUGGAGGGCGGCAGCACCAGCAUCCACUGGAGGACGACGAGGACCUCCCGGAGAUGAACAGCAGCUUCACAGGCGACUCCAGCGAAGCGGACGACUUUCACCAAGCGGUGCGCCCCUUUGACUCCCGCCAGAGCGCCCCGUCCUACGCCGGGACCACCCCCUCCCCGUUGGCCACCACGGACAGGACACAGCAAACGCACCCUCACCCCCCCCCGGAGGACGACCCGCUGGGACCCCUGCCGGAGAACUGGGAGAUGGCGUACACGGAGAACGGGGAGGGCUACUUCAUAGACCACAAUACCAAGACCACAUCCUGGAUAGACCCUCGGUGCCUGGACAAACCUCAGAAACCCCUAGAAGAAUGUGAAGAUGAUGAAGGGGUACACACAGAGGAGCUGGACAAUGAUCUAGAACUGCCGACCGGGUGGGAGAAGAUAGACGAUCCAGUGUAUGGGGUCUACUACGUGGACCACAUCAACAGGAAGACCCAGUACGAGAACCCGGUGCUGGAGGCCAAGCGGCGCCGGCAGCUGGAGCAGCAGCAGCCGCUCAGCCAGCAGCCACCCGAAGGUGAGCGCUACAUCCGAGAAUGGAUCGAGGACUCAAACAUGGCAGGGGCCCCGCUGGCCAGCUACGCCGCAGCCACCCAGCAGGAGACCUACAGGGACCCGCAGAAAGGCCCGCCCGUGCCCAACGCCAUGGGCCAGAAACGGGGGAAGCCGUUCUUCACACGGAACCCGGCUGAGCUGAAGGGGACCUUCAUCAACACCAAGCUGAAGAAGAGCCGCCGAGGGUUCGGCUUCACCGUCGUCGGGGGCGACGAGCCCGACGAGUUCCUGCAGAUCAAGAGCCUGGUGCUGGACGGCCCCGCCGCGCUCGACGGCAAGAUGGAGACAGGCGACGUCAUCGUGAGCGUGAACGACACGUGCGUGCUGGGCUACACCCACGCCCAGGUGGUGAAGAUCUUCCAGUCCAUCGGCAUCGGCUCCAUGGUGAACCUGGAGCUGUGCCGCGGCUACCCGCUGCCCUUCGACCCCGACGACCCCAACACCAGCAUGGUGACCUCGGUGGCCAUCACGGAGAACAAGGAGCCCAUCAUCGUCAACGGGCAGGAGUCGCACAACAACUAUGACUCCCCGCCGUCCAGCCACGGCAGCCACGGCAGCAACCACCUGGCCAACAACGGCGGCGGCGGGAUGGCGCUCAACGGCCUCCCGCGGCCUCACAGCCCCUCAUCGGCCUCGGAGGCGGCGGGCAGCGAGGGCCAGACGCUGGCCUCGUCCAUCGCCACGCAGCCGGAGCUCAUCACGGUGCACAUGGAGAAGGGCGACAAGGGCUUUGGCUUCACCAUCGCCGACAGCCCCGGCGGCGGCGGGCAGCGGGUCAAGCAGAUCGUGGACUACCCGCGCUGCCGGGGCCUCAAGGAGGGCGACAUCAUCGUGGAGGUGAACAAGAAGAACGUGCAGACCAUGUCGCACAACCAGGUGGUCGACCUGCUCAGCAAGUGUCCCAAGGGCACCGAGGUCACCAUGCUGGUGCAGAGAGGGGUGGCGCCUGCAAAGAAGAGCCCGAAACUGGGCUAUUAUGAGGAUCUGGCUCCUCCAUACGGAGAUUACACACGCAGGCAGUUGUCGAGGAAGGACAGUCAGAGCAGCUCCCAGCACAGCGUCUCCAGCCAGAGGAGCGUUCACACGCAGGACUCCCCGCUGCACUCCUCGCUGGCCGCCCCGCUCAGCGAGAGCUCCGCCCCCCCGGCCCCGUCCCAGCCGCUGCCGGGCCUGCCCGCGCAGGACAGCCCCGCCGACGACCCCUCCCAAAGGAAACCCGACCCCUUCAAAAUCUGGGCCAAGUCCAGAGUCAUGUAUGAAAGUAGGCUUCCAGACUUCCAGGAGCAAGAUAUAUUCCUGUGGAGGAAGGACACUGGAUUCGGUUUCAGGAUCCUGGGAGGGAACGAGGCAGGAGAGCCGAUCUAUAUCGGCCACAUAGUGAAGUACGGAGCGGCGGACGAGGACGGCCGCCUGCGCUCGGGCGAUGAGCUGAUCUGCGUGGACGGCACGGCGGUGGUGGGCAAGUCCCACCAGCUGGUGGUGCAGCUGAUGCAGCAGGCGGCCAAGCAGGGCCACGUCAACCUCACCGUGAGGCGCAAGACCAGCUACGCCGUCAAGGCCGAGGGAGACGUCCCGCCAUCGCCGGCCUCCUCGCACCACAGCAGCACGCAGGCGCUCAGUCUCACCGAGGAGAUGGGCAAGCGAACGCCGCAAGGCAGCCAGAACUCCCUCAACACCGUCAGCUCCGGCAGCGGCUCCACCUCGGGCAUCGGGAGUGGCGGCGGGGGUGGCGGCGGCGGUGGCGGGGGCGGUGGCGGCGGCGGCGGAGGUUUAGGCAGCACUAUGGCACCUCUGACGGUCUCCUCGUCGGGUCCUCCUCCACCGCCUCCUCCUCCGGUCGUCUCCUCCACCCAGCAGCCCCACAACAACGCGGCGCCCGGCCCCGCCGCCCCCUCCUCCUCCACCCUGCACCCCUACGACGUGGAGAUCCGCCGCGGCGAGAACGAGGGCUUCGGCUUCGUCAUCGUCUCCUCCGUGUCGCGGCCCGAGGCCGGCACCACCUUCGCUGGCAAUGCAUGUGUGGCCAUGCCCCACAAAAUAGGGCGCAUCAUCGAGGGCAGCCCGGCGGACCGCUGUGGGAAGCUGAAGGUGGGCGACCGCAUCCUGGCCGUCAACAACUGCUCCAUCACCAACAAGUCCCACUCGGACAUCGUCAACCUCAUCAAGGAGGCCGGCAACACCGUCACCCUGCGCAUCAUACCCGGAGACGAAUCCUCCAACGCCUCCCUGCUGACCAACGCAGAGAAAAUCGCCACCAUCACCACCACCCACGCCCCCCAGCAGCAGGCCGAGGCCAGAAACACCAAACCAAAGCAGGAGUCGUAUGAGUUCAAAGCCCCACAAGCACCCCCGCCCCUGCCCCCGGCACAGCAGGACGGUGAGGUGUACUCGGUGGACCUGGACCGGGACAACAAGGGCUUUGGGUUCAGCCUGCGGGGCGGGAAGGAGUACAACAUGGACCUGUACGUGCUGCGCCUGGCCGAGGAGGGGGCCGCCGUACGCAACGGCAUGAUGAGGGUGGGCGAUGAGAUCCUGGAGAUCAACGGCGAGAGCACCAAGGGCAUGAAGCACGCGCGCGCCAUCGAGCUCAUCAAGAGCGGGGGCCGGCGCGCCCACCUGCUGCUGCAGCGGGGCGACGGCUCGGUGCCCGAAUAUGGUGGGUCCAUCUACGAGAACAUCCCCUUCUCCCCCGUCUUCACGCCCUGAGGACCCCGGCCGGGCGCCGUGAGCGG